AAAAUUAAUUAUUCAAAAGUUAAAUUUAGUUCACGGCGGGUUUAUUAUGUAUGUGCAUAGAUUUUUACUGUUCACUGUUACGUGCGUUCUUCCAUGGAGCUCGGGGGGUACCGAAAUUUAUUUACCCCACGGUAUAACAAAUACAAGCGCCGUGCAGCACCGCAUAAGCCACGACCAUUAUUUAACCGAAUUAUUCGAAAUUGAAGAAUUUACACCGAAACAGAUUGUAUGGCAUCCAACAACAUGCGACAAAGAGGGUCAAUAUUGGAUCAGUCCACAAUACACAUCCAAGGCUACUUGCGUAAAAACUUUUUUUAAUAGAUUAAAAGUGAAAGAACAACACUGCAAUGUAGACGAGAUUAUUAAUACUAAAACAAAGGAGUGCGAAAGACUACCAGGAGGGGGAUAUGCAAUAUGCUAUAUUACAGACAGAAACUGUCCAGGUAACAACAGAACGACCGCGCCACAUCCCAAUAAGGACUUUUACAAAAGUUACUUGGUGUGUAUGCCUCAAGGUGGCGUAGUCAUAGCCGAUUGCCAUCCACAAGAACACUACAACGAAGAACUAGGCGUAUGCGAGUUGAACUCUGUAACAGAAACUGUCAUAAUAUCCUCAAUGUGCGAAGAAGCGAACAUUAUAAAAUGCGUCAGGCCAGAGGUUAAACCCGUGUCAUCUUAUUUUAAGACAUACGAGGGUAAAAUCGACAAAAACGCAUGCAACAAUUGCUACUAUAUUUGUGGAUCUAAAAGCAAAACCACUUACGAAUUAACCAUACAUUGCAUUCAUGACGGCGUUCCAGAGAGCAACGAGGACGAAACAAGUACUAAUGAAGACUUUGAUGCCAAUUGGGAUCAUUAUACAAUAGAAAUACACGAUAAUUCAUCAAACAAUUAUCAGGAAAUGACACACACUACGCAGACAUAUAACGGCUCAACAUGGAGUGAAAACGAUAACCCUUAUCCAACUCUAAUAACCAAGCCUGGCGGUUGGCCAGGCAUUACCUCUGAAACAACUGAAAAAGAGCGCGUUAGUACAACGCCAACAAGCGGGCAUUCAAGUGUAUCCCCAGUAACAAUUAAAACAACAACUGAAGAAGAAGGCACUAGUACAACGACAGCAAGCGGUCAUUCAAGCAUAUCACCAGUAACAAUUAGAACAACUGAAGAAGAAGGCACUAGUACGACGCCAGCAAGCGGGCAUUCAAGCGUAUCACCACUAACAAUUAGAACAACUGAAGAAGAAGGCACUAGUACAACGCCAGCAAGCGGGCAUUCAAGCAUAUCACCAGUAACAAUUAGAACAACUGAAGAAGAAGGCACUAGUACGACACCAGCAAGCGGGCAUUCAAGCGUAUCACCAGUAACAAUUAGAACAACUCAAGAAGAAGGCACUAGUACAACGCCAGCAAGCGGGCAUUCAAGCAUAUCACCAGUAACAAUUAGAACAACUGAAGAAGAAGGCACUAGUACGACGCCAGCAGGCGGGCAUUCAAGCAUAUCACCAGUAACAAUUAGAACAACUGAAGAAGAAGGCGCUAGUAAGACGCCAGCAAGCGGGCAUUCAAGCAUAUCACCAGUAACAAUUAGAACAACUGAAGAAGAAGGCACUAGUACGACGCCAGCAAGCGGGCAUUCAAGCGUAUCACCAGUAACAAUUAGAACAACUGAAGAAGAAGGCACUAGUACAACGCCAGCAAGCGGGCAUUCAAGCAUAUCACCAGUAACAAUUAGAACAACUGAAGAAGAAGGCACUAGUACGACGCCAGCAAGCGGGCAUUCAAGCGUAUCACCAGUAACAAUUAGAACAACUGAAGAAGAAUGCAUUAGUACGACGCCAGCAAGCGGGCAUUCAAGCGUAUCACCAGUAACAAUUAGAACGACAACUCAAGAAGAAGGCACUAGUACAACGCCAGCAAGCGGGCAUUCAAGCAUAUCACCAGUAACAAUUAGAACAACUGAAGAAGGCACUAGUACCACGCCAGCAAGCGGGCAUUCAAGCAUAUCACCAGUAACAAUUAGAACAACUGAAGAAGAAGGCACUAGUACAACGCCAGCAAGCGGGCAUUCAAGCGUAUCACCAGUAACAAUUAGAACAACUGAAGAAGAAGGCACUAGUACAACGCCAGCAAGCGGGCAUUCAAGCGUAUCACCAGUAACAAUUAGGACAACUGAAGAAGAAGGCACUAGUACAACGCCAGCAAACGGGCAUUCAAGCGUAUCACCAGUAACAAUUAGAACAACUGAAAAAGAAGGCACCAGUACGACGCCAGCAAGCGGGCAUUCAAGCGUAUCACCAGUAACAAUUAGAACAACUGAAGAAGAAGGCAUUAGUACGACGCCAGCAAGCGGGCAUUCAAGCGUAUCACCAGUAACAAUUAGGACAACUGAAGUAGAAGGCACUAGUACGACACCAGCAAGCGGGCAUUCAAGCGUAUCACCAGUAACAAUUAGAACGACAACUCAAGAAGAAGGCACUAGUACGACGCCAGCAAGCGGGCAUUCAAGCGUAUCACCAGUAACAAUUAGAACGACAACUCAAGAAGAAGGCACUAGUACGACGCCAGCAAGCGGGCAUUCAAGCGUAUCACCAGUAACAAUUAGAACGGCAACUCAAGAAGAAGGCACUAGUACAACGACAGCAAGCGGUCAUUCAAGCAUAUCACCAGUAACAAUUAGAACAACUGAAGAAGGCACUAGUACGACACCAGCAAGCGGGCAUUCAAGCGUAUCACCAGUAACAAUUAGAACGGCAACUCAAGAAGAAGGCACUAGUACGACGCCAGCAAGCGGGCAUUCAAGCGUAUCACCAAUAACAAUUAGAACAACUCAAGAAGAAGGCACUAGUACGACGCCAGCAAGCGGGCAUUCAAGCGUAUCACCAGUAACAAUUAGAACAACUGAAAAAGAAGGCACUAGUACGACGCCAGCAAGCGGGCAUUCAAGCGUAUCACCAGUAACAAUUAGAACGACAACUCAAGAAGAAGGCACUAGUACGACGCCAGCAAGCGGGCAUUCAAGUGUAUCACCAGUAACAAUUAGAACGACAACACAAGAAGAAGGCACUAGUACGACGCCAGCAAGCGGGCAUUCAAGCGUAUCACCAGUAACAAUUAGAACAACUGAAGAAGAAGGCACUAGUACGACGCCAGCAAGCGGGCAUUCAAGCGUAUCACCAGUAACAAUUAGAACAACUGAAGAAGAAGGCACUAGUACGACACCAGCAAGCGGGCAUUCAAGCGUAUCACCAGUAACAAUUAGAACGACAACUCAAGAAGAAGGCACUAGUACUAGUACGACGAUAGCAAGCACCGACGAUUCAAGCGUAUCACCAGUAACAAUUAGAACGACAACUCAAGAAGAAGGCACUAGUACGACGCCAGCAAGCGGGCAAUCAAGCGUAUCACCAGUAACAAUUAGAACGGCAACUCAAGAAGAAGGCACUAGUACGACGCCAGCAAGCGGGCAUUCAAGCGUAUCACCAAUAACAAUUAGAACAACUGAAGAAGGCACUAGUACGACGCCAGCAAGCGGGCAUUCAAGCGUAUCACCAGUAACAAUUAGAACAACUGAAGAAGACACUAGUACGACGCCAGCAAGUGGGCAUUCAAGCAUAUCACCAGUAACAAUUAGAACAACAACUGAAGAAGGCACUAGUACCACGCCAGCAAGCGGGCAUUCAAGCAUAUCACCAGUAACAAUUAGAACAACUGAAGAAGAAGGCACUAGUACAACGCCAGCAAGCGGGCAUUCAAGCGUAUCACCAGUAACAAUUAGAACAACUGAAGAAGAAGGCACUAGUACAACGCCAGCAAGCGGGCAUUCAAGCGUAUCACCAAUAACAAUUAGAACAACUGAAGAAGAAGGCACUAGUACGACGCCAGCAAGCGGGCAUUCAAGUGUAUCACCAGUAACAAUUAGAACGACAACACAAGAAGAAGGCACUAGUACGACGCCAGCAAGCGGGCAUUCAAGCGUAUCACCAGUAACAAUUAGAACAACUGAAGAAGAAGGCACUAGUACAACGCCAGCAAGCGGGCAUUCAAGCGUAUCACCAGUAACAAUUAGAACAACUGAAGAAGAAGGCACUAGUACGACGCCAGCAAGCGGGCAUUCAAGCGUAUCACCAGUAACAAUUAGAACGACAACUCAAGAAGAAGGCACUAGUACUAGUACGACGAUAGCAAGCACCGACGAUUCAAGCGUAUCACCAGUAACAAUUAGAACGACAACUCAAGAAGAAGGCACUAGUACGACGCCAGCAAGCGGGCAAUCAAGCGUAUCACCAGUAACAAUUAGAACGGCAACUCAAGAAGAAGGCACUAGUACGACGCCAGCAAGCGGGCAUUCAAGCGUAUCACCAAUAACAAUUAGAACAACUGAAGAAGAAGGCACUAGUACGGCGCCAGCAAGCGGGCAUUCAAGCGUAUCACCAGUAACUAUUAGAACAACUGAAGAAGGCACUAGUACGACGCCAGCAAGCGGGCAUUCAAGCGUAUCACCAGUAACAAUUAGAACAACUGAAGAAGACACUAGUACGACGCCAGCAAGUGGGCAUUCAAGCAUAUCACCAGUAACAAUUAGAACAACAACUGAAGAAGGCACUAGUACGACGCAAGUGAGCGGGUAUCCAAGCUUAUCCACAGAAACCACUGGAAUAACAAGUGAACAAGGCGCUAGUACAACAACUAAACUAACCGGGCUGCCAGGCGAACCCUCCGAAAAAGUAACAGGAAUAAGUGAAGAAGGCGUUAGUACAACACCAGUAACCGAGAAACGAGAAGCGUCUUCCCAUCUUACUACAGUAGAAAGCAGUAGUUCAACACUGGUACCCCCACUGGCAGUUACGGAAUCUCAAACAACGCACAAUAUAGAAACCACUACGAAAGAUACCAUUGUGUCAAUACAAAGCUGUUUUUCCAUAAUGGAUCUUCCUUGUCCAUCAGAGGGCCCUUUCCGUAUGAAUGAUUCGUGUACUGAUUAUUACACAUGCGUGUACAGUGACACAUGUAAAAAGUACCUGGUGGUCUCGAUAGAGAGUUGUAGGAAAUGUCUGAAGUUCAACGCAGAAAAGAGAAGUUGCGAUUAUCCCGAAAACGUACCAGAAUGUACUUAUAGCGAUUCGAGUCUAGGAUACUUCAAUUUGAAAUAUGAACAAAGAGCGUACUGUACAGGUCCUGGUAAAUAUCCUGUUCCAGAUGAUUGUUCAAAGUAUUACCAUUGUACACAAAUCGAAAACACCAACAAAUACAAGCUCGAAAUCAAAGAGUGCUCAAAAAAAUAUAUUUUUCCGACAAAAUUUAAUCCAAAAACCCAGAGUUGCGACGUGGUAGCCACAUGCCCAAAGUUGAAAGGAAGAUGUAUAGAUAACAUAGCCAUAGACAAUUACAGCUGCGAAAAAUUUUACUAUUGCAAAGAAAAGCAUUCCCUGUUUUGUCCGUCCAACUAUAUUUUCAAUGGGAGCUACUGUCAGUAUAGAAAGAUUACUUGCAUACACCCUUGUACAUUGUAAUUUGUUUAUCUGGUAAUUAAUAUAAUUAUUGUAAUUAAAUUAUUCGUGUGUAAUAAAUAA